UAUUUAUAUGUCAAAUAAAUUUCCUCGUACAUUUAUUGAUUUUACAUAUUUUAGGGUUACGACUCCAGAUGACGUCAGUUCCACUGGCUACAGCCUCUGUUAUCUACCACAAGUUCUUCCGAGAGAACUCCCUUCAACAAUAUGAUCCAUAUCUGAUUGCAACCACAGCCUUAUAUGUAGCUGGGAAGGCAGAGGAACAGCAUAUUAAACUAAGGGACAUCGUCAAUGUCUGUUACAGGGCUUUACAUCGCAGUAAACCCCCACUGGAGAUGGGGGAGGCCUUCUGGUCUCUGAGAGACACCGUGGCCAACUGUGAGCUGUUUGUGCUGAGAAUGCUGCAGUUUAAGAUUUCUUAUCAACACCCACACAAGUAUCUUCUUCAUUAUCUCAAGUUUCUCAAGGACUGGUUUGAACCCUACAAAUGGGAGACAACUCCGAUAGCCCGUACUGCCUGGACAUUUUUGAAGGACAGUUACCAUGGGAACUUGUGUCUGCGUCACAAGCCCCAGCACAUUGCGGUGGGGUUAAUCUACAUGGCGCUGCAAUGUCACGGUGUUGAGGUGCCGCUUCAGAGUAAUGUCGCCGUCCCCUGGUGGAAGGUCCUCACUGAUGACAUCACAGAUGACAUCAUUAAAGACAUCAUAGAAGUUGUUAUAUGGACAUAUGACUUAGAAACUAUGGCAACGACGUGAGAUUCGCAUGGUGUGUGUAAAUUGGAAAUUUCAAAACCAGUGGUUAAUGAUUUUACAAACUUUUCAGAUGGUUCACAAUGCCUUCAUGCAAUAUCAUUGCAUUGUAUUUAAAAGAACUUUUGUAUCAAAACAUUUUAUA